AAGCCCCUUAAAACGCCAAUUUCCCCAGAAUUAAUACAAGUGGAGGAUUUGACCCUGAUCUCCCAGCUUCCUUCUUCUGGGAUAAAUAAAACUAUUCCCAAUGUUGCUCAUGUAUCCCUUGAGAAGCAUGGACUAAGUCUUCCUCUUGACUUAAGCAGUAACUUGGAUGUUUCAGCCCUGUUCACUGGGGACGCUGUCCGCUAUAGCAAACAGACCAAUCAGGAGAACCAGAUUAUUAGAUGCCAUCUUUCCAGAGCAGGAAUGGAUGGCAGAGUAGCUCCGGUGGUCCCAGGAACACUGAAAAUUGAGAGGAAAUCAAAAUUGGAAGAGAGAUCCUCAUCUUUACUUGGUAAAAAGAAGGAGAAGGAGAAAAAAGAGAGGAAGGAGAAAGAUCUGAAGUCAAAACAGAAGAAGAAGAAAAAGAAAAAGAAGAAAUCAAAGCAGCAUGAUUACUCUGACUUCGAGGAUAGCUCUCUUGACUACUUCGAUAGGUGCUCCUCCCCCUUCACUCGGUCUUCUGGCAGCUCGCUGACGCUCCGCAGCACAACAACCGAGAAGAGCACGUCCUAUCAGUACCCGAGGGCUAUUUUAUCUGUCGAUCUCAGCGGUGAAAACCUUUCUGAUAUGGAGUUUCUGGAUGACUCUUCUACCGAGAGCUUGCUGUUGAGUGGCGAUGAAUAUAAUCAGGAUUUUGAUUCGACCAACUUUGAAGAGUCCCAGGACGAAGAGGACGCUUUGAACGAAAUAGUCAGGUGUAUCUGCGAAAUGGAUGAGGAAAAUGGCUUCAUGAUUCAGUGUGAAGAGUGCCUGUGUUGGCAACACAGCACGUGUAUGGGAUUGUUGGAAGACAGCAUUCCAGAGCAAUAUACCUGCUACAUUUGCAGGGAUCCACCUGGUCAGAGAUGGAGUGCCAAAUAUCUCUGUGACAAAGACUGGUUGAAUAAUGGCCACAUGUGUGGCUUGUCAUUCUUAAAAGAGAAUUAUUCUCAUUUAAAUGCCAAAAAGAUUGUGUCAACGCAUCGCCUUCUGGCCGAUGUCUAUGGUGUUACAGAAAUAUUACAUGGACUACAGCUGAAGAUUGGAAUACUAAAAAAUAAGCAUCACCCUGAUCUUCAUCUCUGGGCUUGCACCGGUGUGCGGAAGGAUCACGACCAAAUCACUGUUGGAAUAGAAAGAAGGGUCCUAAGUGUGCCCGAAGCCGUUAAUCCCUCGGGAAGGACGUGUCAUAGUCAAAACCAUAAAGAGCCGCCUCGCUUAGCUCCAAAGAUAGAAGAAACGUACAUCAGAAGCGAACACAGUUAUCAGAAACAGAGUUUUGGUCAGGAUUGCAGAGCCGUUGUUGACCCCACCAGCAGCUCAGAGGACGACGACACCAGCAGUUUUGAACAGCACUCGGAGCGUCUCUUAGAAGAGAAAAACUGUUUACAGCGUUCAUCCACAGAAGAUGGUUUGGGCCAUCAGAAGCAUUCAGCCGAAGGGAACACCGUGUUCGUAUUCAACGAAAGAAAAGGAAACGAGGAGCACGUGGACACUCGUCUUCAGUGGCAGCUAAACCUCCUCACCCACAUAGAAAAUGUGCAGAAUGAAGUCACUAGUAGAAUGGACCUGAUUGAAAAGGAAGUCGAUGUUUUAGAAAGCUGGCUGGAUUUCACCGGAGAGUUGGAGCCCCCCGACCCCCUCGCCCGUCUGCCUCAACUCAAGCGCCGGAUUAAACAGCUCAUCUCUGACAUGGGCAAAGUCCAACAAAUUGCCACCCUCUGCUCCGUAUGACGAAAGGAAAGAUGAAGGAAUGCACGCAGGCAGUCAGGCUCCGACGAUGGGUUUCUUCUGAUUCACCAGGUUCACAUAAAAGAGUACUUUUUUUAA